UUUUCUCAAUUGAAUUAAGUAAAUUUUAUUGAUAAGAGAUUGAAUGCAUAAUCUUGGGGGCAAUUGGCAUAACUCUGUGACAUACUAAUGAAGGAAGCUAAGUCUAAUUGGAGUAAAAUAAUGUUAAGAUCAAACUCACAAUUAGGAUGUGAAACUAUCAGUUCUGGCAAUUCCCACAGCGUGAUCAGCUUAAUUUAUUUAGUUAUCCCAAUCUUCUUCUUUGAUGCUGCACUUUCAUCGCAGUCGGAAGUUUCCAUUUUGUACCCCUGAAUUCUGAAUGACAGUUUUAUAUUGCUGUUUUGAAAUCUUUUGAUUUGUCUCAAUCAAAAAUAGUAGAUGUAUGGGCUCUAUGGAGUCCGAUGUUUCUAAAUUAAAGCUUGACUUGUGUGUUUAUAAGUAAUUUGGUUAUAUCUUUCCCUUACAAGGAAGUCUUAAGGAUGCCUAUCCCAUGUGCUUGUAAUGAUAGUAUCAGUCUAUCAAAGCAAACACUUUUUCAGGGUUUCUCUCAUUGGGAAACCUGAGGAUGAGUACUUGUACUUGUUCCUUGAAGUCACAUAGCUGGGAAUAUGAGCUGCCAUAAAUAUUGAUUUUGAAAAUAAGGGUAGAGUCCAUUAGGCUCUACAUCACUAAAUUAAAGCUUGGCCUGUGGUCUUAUAAACACUUUGAGCAUUCUCUUUCACAAGCACAAUCUCUUUGAAAUGAGAAGUUCAUAUUGGUGAAUUUGUUGUAUGAGAUUUUCAAAAGCAAAUGUGCUCAAGUGUUUCAGCUAUAGUCCAGUGGCCAUGCUGGCAGCAAUGUAAUUUCGUAUACACAUGUAUAUUGGAAUGUUUUAUAUUUGUCUGGUUUGUAUUGGCAUGUUCAUAUUUUCCUAUUUAGUUUGAGAGAGUUUUAAGGAAAUGAGAUAGAUCUUAUACAGAAAGCAGCCAGAUACAAGGUCAAAAGAGAGUACCCUGAACUGUCUAUAUAGAUACAUUGAAUGUCAAGUGAUUAAUUGCUAAACAUAAAUCAUAUUGUCAUUUGAAUACAACGCAGCUUUGUUUCAGUACGCCCAAAACUUUUUAACUAAUCAGCUCUUGUACAUAACACUGUAACAGUUAUCUACCUAAAAUGUUGCAAUAACAAAUGAUUGUUUGACAAGUCUCUCUUUACUCGAUGCCUUGUGCGAAUGUUUGUAUUUUUCUAAUUGUCCAUACCUUUAUCGAUGCAGAUUCCCCUCAGCAUGAAGAGAAAAUCUCUGGUUCUUUGUUGGCAAAUCACGACUCUAGCGACCAAUUUGACCAGCUAAAUAACUCCGAAGACAAAGCACAACCUUUAAGUACCUUACUGCCCACUUUACCCAAGCUAUCAACGCGCAAAAGUGACGAUGACGGUAACAUUGAAAGCUCCAGAGCAGCAGUUUUGCUUGGUGACAAGGAAGAAUCAUCUCCAGUUUCGUCAUCAAUUCAAACUCCUGCCACAGACAGUGGAAUCCAACGACAUAGCCAUCAGAACUUAAGCACAGCAAAUCAAAUAUGUAUUUCAAUUGCAGCUUCAGAGAACACUCGGAUUUGUUGUUCCAUAGCAGCUGCCAUUUUAGUGCUCUUGUCAUACUCAGGAUUCCCAUUUCUGGGAUGGGGCAUUUUUAGGAGCAUCAUAUGUUUGAGGCCACUUUGUCUGCUUCUGAUAACAAAUGUAUCAAUUGUGGUUGCACGGCUUCUUCUAGAAAAACAGGGGAGAGAGGAAAGACAGAAGAGUAGCGUUCCUUCUAUUGGUGGAGAUGGUAUGAUCGAUCAAGUGGCAAAAGCUCUAGAGUUAGGAUUAUUGAUGCAGAAGAUUGUAGGUGCAUUGUUCAUGGAUUCCAGCAUUUACGCGGUGGUGCUAGUAUGUGGUCUUUCAGUGGCACAAAGACUUGGCUGGUAAAACUUCCUUUUGAAGCGAACGAAAUGCGUGUAAGAUUACUGUCUAGUUUGACCAUAUUUGCAUGUCUGGUAUGGUAAAUUGAAUAGUUCUCGAAAGUAUUAAAUUAGAAAAAUAAGUUAAGCGUGUCAUUAAAUUGUCUAGGGCUAGUCUGUGUACCAACUAAACAUGCACUGUAGUUCCUCAAUUUUGCUGUGAGCAAAAUUUUGCUUGAUAAACAUAUAUGAUUUUUGGGACAAGAUUUAUUUCAAGUAAAUUUCAUACU